AUGCAUCACAUGAGGCCAGCAUUUCAUUAUCAAUCAGCGGGGCCGGAUUUGAAACCCGCGGUGAAGCCAGAUGAACCGCGCCAAACUCUAGAGGGCGCCGAUCACGAUGGCGUUACUAUCGAUGGUUCCUCUCCGAGUUAUAGCGUGAAGAUUGAGAGUCCGAGUUCCAGUGCUGCUUUAGCUCAGUACAGUGGAACGAUCGGCUCUUCUUUAACCCCUUCGGAGUCGUAUAGUACCGGGGAGGAUCAGCCGGAUACAACUGCUAGCCGCCGCAGUUCGGAUUCAUUAUUACCAUAUAGAAGCCUAGCUACGGCAAAGCAGGAGGGAAAAUAUGCAAUUGAGGAUGGAAGCUGUUCGCCAGGCCCUUUGGCUGUUGCCGUUCGCCCGGCGAAACCGGUACAGUACAGCAAAAUCCCAACACGCCACCAUCUCCAGCCGGAGAUAUGGGAACGAUAUAAGGAGGAGAUACAUGAACUCUACAUCGAAGAAAAUAAAUCAUUAAAUGAACUAAUGGACAUAAUGCAAGCAAAGGGGUUCGGAGCAACUCCCCGUAUGUACAAGGCUAAGUUUGCGCAAUGGGGAUUUGUUAAGAAUAAUAAGAAGAAGGACGUGGCGAUGAUGUUGCGACUACAACGCGAGCGCGGCGCUGUGGGCAAGCCUACUGCUUUUCGUCGCCACGGAAGGUCGGUUGACAUUGAAACAUACAUGAAGCGAAAAGGGAUUUCAAGUUUUGAACUUGUAACACCUGUCGCCGGCGUCGACUUACCCGAAUAUCUACGAGCACUCACGCCUCCACCCGUUGAACCCCAACAUAUGACCUUACCAUCUCACCUUCACGCCCAGGAAGUCCUCGUCUCAUGUUUUAAGGAUCUUACCUUGGGUUGGCGAGAUUCGUUAGAAUCACCCGCAUCAUUCGAGAAAGAUUUCAAUACUUAUUUCGAUGUGGCGUACCUUUGGCAGAAAGGACCGCUCGAUGAACGUUCAGUUAAAUUGGCUCGCGUUGCCCUUCGGCUCGAUGUAUCCGGUCAGUACGACUGGACGAACUGGGUGGCGUGGCGCGUCAUUGCUCAAUUUCAUAGAAGCCGAUGUGACGUGGAUAACUCCGCGGUAAAAGACCAUCCACGGCACGCGCUGGCUCGAUAUGCUUUAGAAAGAGCUAUCGACACCGCCGAGGCUGGACGUGGCUUUAGCGAGUUGCAGGUAUUUGAGAAUAUGCAGCUGCUAGAAGCCUGGCAUCGCGAAGCCGGGGAUACAGAGCAGGAAUUAGUUGUACGACGGCGAAGAGAGAAGGGCUUGCAGGAUUAUCUAGAAUCGCUACAGCGAAGUCGUGGAGUAGAGAUGCCCAAUACCCCGACUUCACAAUGA